UUGCGCUGUCGCUAUAUACAAUUGCAUAUUCCCUCUCCGAUAGAAUUAAUAGAAAAAAAGUAGCAAAGACGCUUAAUUCUUAACACCAGAAUUAGCUUCGGUGUGUUCGUUCCUGGUCGAAAUAAAUUGUUUGUGUUUUUCCCAAAGAAAAACGUCAUAGGUGAAAGAAAUCAUGCCUUUCGGUAACACCCACAAAAAGUUGAAGAUGAACUACUCCGCGGAGCAGGAGUACCCCGACCUGAGCCAGCAUAACAACCUGCGGGACAAGGAAACUCCAAGUGGAUUUACAGUGGAUGAUGUCAUUCAAACUGGGGUUGAUAACCCAGAGGAAGUGGGUGUGCUUGGACCCGACCUGGUGGCAGAAAUGGUUAAUCUAUCGCCUGCAAUGCAGGGCAGUCCCAAAACAGUACAUGGGAAGUUUAGGCAUAAACUGAAAAUGCCAAAAAUACCAGGCUUUGUGCGACGGAGCCCCAAACCCAAUCCUCCUCAAACAGAGGUGAUUAUGGACUUUUUGGAGAACCUGAAGGAAAAUCGCUUGGUGGAGGCUUGCCAGCAGUUGCUCUUGCGAGAGGACAAGCUAUUUGGCCAUGAAACCAUGACGGUAGAGGGGUUGGUUCAGGUUUGCAACGAGGACGAUAAAGACACGCUCCAAAAAGACUAUGAAACCCUGCUGCUCCACUUAUGGAUGGCAGUUCACACCACCUUUAGUUCCACACCCUCAGGAGAACACCUAGAGAUACUUCGGAGUGCGGUGGAAACCAUAACGCUGCUGGAAGAGAAGGACCAGCAAUGGGAAGGGCGGCCCGAGGGCAGCAGCGAGGCCCCCGUGUGGCGGCCACACCAGUGCCGGCACACCCACGACACCCUGCUUGAAAAAAUGGUGGAUUCUCAAAUGAGGAACGCGACAGUGGAGGAGGACAAUAUUAGCGUUAGCAGUGUGGACAACCUGUCAACGUCCAUGAAAAGGGAAGUAUGUAGGAUGGGCAAGCGUCUGAAGGAGGACGUUCUCAGGGUGGCCAGGGACAUAAGGGACUGCUACCCCCCAGACUUUGACGUGUGCAACUUGUAUGUGAGACUUUACCAUCAGAAGUUCUCAGCAAGGUUAACAGAACUGGCCCGCUCUGGGCUCGAUGUGGACGACUGUAACUACCUCCUCUGCUGGGUGAACAAUUACUAUCCAAAUGACAUCUUAAAACACAAAGACCUUGAGGGGCACAUCAACAUGGAGUCUUUGGGAACUCUUUUAUCUGAGAAGGAUCUCACAACAUUGGAGGAGCAGUAUCUACUACAAAAAGAGAGUAAAGUCAGGACCUGGUUCUCCAAGGCUCUCAGUAAAGAGGAGGAGGGUUGGCUCAGUGGAAAGAGUCCAGAACUCAUUGAUGGGUACUGCUUCUGUCCUCUGGCCAUUGACAUCAUACAGGCUGUUGAUGGGGCCAUGAGAGAGGCCAGGACUAUUCUGGGCAGUGAGGCUAAAGCCCAGAGAAUCCUGCGUCAGCUGGACAGCUUCUUGAUAAGUUAUAAGAGCUCUCUUGAAGAAUUUGUGAAGAGAACAGGGGAGAACACUCAGGCAGUCGUGAAAGCUAACCUGGUUAGCAUCGAACAAUUCAGAGACUUCAUAGUGGGAAGAGAGGAGUCAAUCCCAGAAGAGAUCAGGACAAGCUGUAUGUCCACAUUGGCAGACCUGAGAGACUGUGGCUACGGAUACUUCACCGGCCCCAUACAUGAGGAGCUCAGGGUGCAGUACCAUAGGCUGUGGACACAGGCCUGGUUUACUGGGGGUCAGAUGGUACUGGAUGAAGUUCUGGGGACACUGGACAGACACAUGCAGCAAUUCACAGACCUCAAAUCCAUUUGUAUGGAGGAGCUGCUGGGCCGGCUGCACAUGGAGAUGAUGGUGGAGUAUGUGAAGAGGAUGAUGAAGAGGAAGAUGAGGCUGAAGGACAAGGAGCAGCAGGAGGCAGCAGCCAAAUUACUGGCUGAAGACAGCAUCAAACUGAGUACCUACUUUACUGAAGCGGGGUCCAAAAUAUGCUGGCUGAGUGAGGUCCUCCCUAAAAUGGCGGAGGUGGUCAGACUGCAGGACCCAGGAAGCAUCCAGCUGGAGAUUGUCACCCUGGCUAGGGACUUCCCAGACCUUAGUUGGAGACAUAUUUCGGCUCUGCUUUCCCUCAAAGCCAACCUAUCCACUGCUGAUGUCCGCAGCAUCAAAGAGAGCCUGGUAGAGAACCGGCCCACGGUCACCACCUGCAAUACCAUCCCACCAUUCUUCUCCAAGGUCCCAGCGGGCAAAACUUGGAACAUGUGCAGACCAGCGUGCAUCUGUUAUGGGGGAAGGGGGUAUUCAAGCCAGGAUUAGACAUUGGCCAAUCUACCCAUUUUGUCGCUCCUCAAAAAAACAAAAAAAAAAAACAGGUUCAGACAUUUUUGCAAAUGUAUCAAAAUAAAAAACAGAAAUAGUUUAUUUACGUAAGUAUUCAGACCCUUUGCUAUGAGACUCAAAAUUGAGCUCAGGUGCAUCAUUUUUCCAUUGAUCAUCCUUGAGAUGUUUCUACAACUUGAUUGGAGUCCACCUGUGGUAAAUUCAAUUGAUUGGACAUGAUUUGGAAAGGCACACACCUGUCUAUAUAAAAGGUGCCACAGUUGACAGUGCAUGUCAGAGCAACAACCAAGCCAUGAGGUCCAAGCAAUUGUUGGUAGAGCUCCGAGACAGGAUUGUGUCGAGGCACAGAUCUGGGGAAGGGUACCAAAAACAUUCUGCAGCAUUGAAGGUCCCCAACAACACAGUGGCCAUGAUUCUUAAAUGGAAGAAGUUUGGAACCACCAAGACUCUUCCUAGAGCUGCCCCCUGCCAAACUGAGCAAUCAGGGGAGAAGGGCCUUGGUCUGGGAGGUGACCAAGAACCCGAUGGUCACUCUGUCAGAGCUCUAGAGUUCCUCUGUGGUGAUGGGAGAACCUUCCAGAAGGACAACCAUCUCUGCAGCACUCUACCAAUCAGGCCUUUAUGGUAGAGUGGCCAGACAGAAUUCAACCCUCAGUAAAAGACACAUGACAGCCCGCUUGGAGUUUGCCAAAAGGCACCUAAAGACUCUCAGACCAUGAAAAACAAGAUUGAACUCAAGAACCAAAAAAGGACCCGAGGCUGUAAUCACUGCCAAAGGUGCUUCAACAAAGUACUUAGUUAAGGGUCUUAAUACUUAUGUAAAUGUGAUAUUUCCGUUUAGUUUUUUUAUACAUUUGCUAAAAUGUAUUAAAACCGUUUUUUCCUUUGUCAUUAUGUGGUAUUGUGUGUAGAUUGAUGAGAGGGGGAAAAAAAACAAUUGAAUCCAUUUUAGAAUAAGACUGGAAGGUAACAACAUGUGGAAAGACUUUCCGAAUGUAGUACAACUGUUGUUGAAAGGGUUAGAACUGCGUUCUGCUGCAAGUGACACUUUAUGCUCUUCAAGGGACAGGUCCCAACUUCGUUUGUGCCCUAGGAUCCAUGUGUACGGGGGUAGUCUUCUAGUGACAGGGAAAAUUUCCCAACCUGGGUUGGGGACGUUUUUUUUCCCGGGAGGGAAAAUGGAAGACAACUGGAGAUCUACUUAGAGGGAGAUGGAGCAGUAUGUGUAGCAGGGUAUCUAUCAUGGUACAUCUACAUGGAUAAUGGACAGGCAUUUAUUAUGGUGGAACUGGUAAGUAUGGAUAAGUAUCUCAAAAUGGUGGUAAAGACAGUGGUAUCUCAAAAUAUAACCUACAGUUGAAGUUUAUGUACACCUUAACCAAAUACAUUUAAACUCAGUUUUUCACAAUUCCUGACAUUUAAUCCUAGUAAAACAAUUCCCUGUCUUAGGUCUGUUAGGAUCACCACUUUAUUUUCAGAAUGUGAAAUGUCAGAAUAAUAGUAGAGAGAAUGAUUUAUUUCAGCUUUUAUUUCUUUCAUCACAUUCCCAGUGGGUCAGAAGUUUACAUACACUUAAUUAGUAUUUAGUAGGAUUGCCUUUAUAUUGUUUAACUUUGGUCAAACGUUUCAGGUAGCCUUCCACAAGCUUCCCACAAUAAGUUGGGUGAAUUUUGGCCCAUUCCUCCUGACAGAGCUGGUGUAACUGUCAGGUUUGUAGGCCUCCUUGCUCACACACACUUUUUCAGUUCUUCCCACAUAUUUUCUAUAGGAUUGAGGCCAGGGCUUUGUGAUGGCCACUCCAAUACUUUGGCUUUGUUGUCCUUAAGCCAUUUUACCACAACUUUGGAAGUAUGCUUGGGGUCAUUGUCCAUUUGGAAGACCCAUUUGCGACCAAGCUUUAACUUCCUGACUGAUGUCUUGAGAUGUUGCUUUAAUAUAUUCACAUAAUUGUCCUACCUCAUGAUGCUAUCUAGUUUGUGAAGUGCAACAGUCCCUCCUGCAGCAAAGCACCGCCACAACAUGAUGCUGCCACCCCGUGCUUCACGGUUGGGAUGGUGUUCUUCGGCUUGCAAGCCUCUCCCUUUUUCCUCCAAACAUAACGAUGGUCAUUAUGGUCAAACAGUUAUAUUUUUUGUUAAAUCAGACCAGAAGACAUUUCUCCAAAAAGGAUGAUCUUUGUCCCCAUGUGCAGUUGCAAACCGUAGUCUGGCUUUUAUAGCGGUUUUGGAGCAGUGGCUUUUUCAAUGCUGAGCGGCCUUUCAGGUUAUGUCGAUAUAGGACUCGUUUUACAGUGGAUAUAGAUACUUUUGUACCUGUUUCCUCCAGCAUCCUCACAAGGUCCUUUGCUGUUGUUCUGGGAUUCAUUUGCAUGUUUCGCACCAAAGUACAUUAACCUCCAGGAGACAACGCGACUCCUUCAUGAGCAGUAUGACGGCUGCAUGGUCCCAUGGUGUUUUUACUUGAGUACUAUUGUUUCUACAGAUGAACGUGGUAUCUUCAGGCGUUUGGAAAUUGCUCCCAAGGAUGAACCAGACUUGUAGAGGUAUACAAUUAUUUUUCUGAGGUCUUUGUGGAUUUCUUUCGAUUUUCCCAUGAUGUCAAACAAAGAGGCACUGAGUUUGAAGGUAGGCCUUGAAAUACAUCCACAGGUACACCUCAAAUGAUGUCAAUUAGCCUAUCAGAAGCUUCUAAAGCCAUCACAUAUUUUUCUGGAAUUUUCCAAGCUGUUUAAAGGCACAGUCAACAUAGUGUAUGUAAACUUCUGACUCACUGGGAUUGUGAUACAGUGAAAUAAUCUCUGUAAGCAAUUGUUGGAAAAAUUACUUGUGUCAUCCACAAAGUAGAUGUCCUAACCGACUUAUGAUCCUACUGAAAAACAAUCUAGAUAUUUAUGUGCAAUCUGUUAAUAGAUCCUCAAGGGAGCUGGAUUGCCUUGAAUAUACUACUUGAUGAUGAAUCGACGUGGCGCAUCUAGGCCCUCAUUGUAAACAAGAACCUGUUCUUAACGGACUUUUCUAGUUAAAUAUAGAUUAAAUAAAAAUUAAUAAAAUAAAGUAUAUAAGGACGGUAUCAUGUUUAUGAAUGACAUUGUAAACAAGGACACUAAAAUGUUGUCACCCAAGCAAUUGACAAAGGUGUAUGGAGAUGUAUGCUCAAUACAAAAAUAUAACCAACUCAAUCACAACUCUGCCACAAAAAUGGAAGAGGCAAUUACUCAAAAGAGAAAGGAAUGAAUUAGUUUGUCUGCAGCCAAUCCAAAACCAUGCAUAGCUUAAAAUAACUUGUAUAAAAGGUUGAGAGCUUUGAGAACUAUACCGCAUAAAAUUCAAGAUAAUUUCGAACAGAUUUUUGAUGUCCCAAUAUCAUGCCAUCGGGAUUAUGAACUGAUAUGCAAAUCAACAAGACACAUCAUUCUGUUAUUUUCAGUUUGAACUAUUAUAUAAAAUUCUUGCCAAUAAAAAAUAAUCCUAAAUAUAUGGGGUGUUGAACAGUCAGCCCUGCAUGUGCGGACUGCAACAAAGAAACAUAAUCAAUAGAUCAUCUCCUUUGGUGCUCUCCUGCAGUGGCUUGGUUUUGGAAUCAUGUCCAGGAGUGGUUGGUGACUCAAUGUCAGUGUUCAGAUUAAUUAAACUGUACUCUACGCUGCUGAAUUAAACUUGACUGUACUGUACUCUACUGUAUUAACCUCUACUAUACUGUAGCAUGCCAUACUGUAGUCUACUGUAUUCUACUGAAUAAAACUCUGCUGUCCUGUA